AUGGGCCAGUCCGAUGCAGCCUAUGUUCUCGUGCCGCAGCCUCCAAACUCAAUGCAGGACGACCUUCCGGAGGUCUUCCGGUUGCCAUUGUGCAACGGUCAAGACCUUUACGAAGUCUCGGUCGACGAAUUACAACAUUUGUUCACUUCCGGUGCUCUAACCUCGGAGGAUUAUGUCCAAUUCUGCCUGGAUCACGUCCAAAAGCAGACCAAUCCUUAUCUUGAAUGCGUGAUCGAGACCAAUCCAGAAGCUCUCAAACAUGCAAGGACGCUGGAUGGAGAGAGGAAAGACGGAAAAAUUAGGGGGCCGCUGCAUGGAAUUCCAGUGUUCGUCAAGGAUAACAUGGCCACGGCGGACAGAAUGCAGACAACUGCUGGAUCAUGGGCAUUGCUUGGGUGUAUCGUGCCGAAAGACGCACAUAUCGUCAGUCUACUCCGCAAGGCCGGAGCAGUCAUCCUAGGCAAGACGAACCUGGAUGAAUGGGCCGGAAUGAGAGGUACAUAUUACUCUCUGGGAUACUCAGCCCGAGGCGGGCAGUGCCGCAAUCCAUACUUGUUGAAUCGUUCUGCAAACGGUAGCAGUUCUGGCAGCGCGGUUGCAGUUUCAGCAAACAUAGUUCCACUCGCAUUUGGAACCGAAACAGAUUGCAGCGUCAUCAGCCCGGGUAUGGUAAACGGCGUCGUCGCAAUCAAACCAACGGUCGGCCUUACUUCACGUGGAGGCAUCAUUCCAAUUUCCGAGACUCAAGAUUCCAUCGGUUCGUACGGACGAUGUGUGGCGGAUGCGGCCGUGGCUUUGGAUGCCAUUGCUGGGCCAGAUUCUGAUGACAAGUACUCCACACAACCCGACCGUCGACAACCCAAGAGCUACUGCGACUUUCUCACCGACCGACACGCUCUGAAAGGGGCAAGAUUUGGACUGCCGAUCAAGCGCUUUUGGGAAGUUGCUCCAUACCCACAACGCGCUGUUGCGGAGAAAGUCCUGCAGUUGAUCAAGGAGGCGGGAGCCGACAUAAUUCCUGUGGACAUGCCGUGUGCGGAAGAGAGAUUGGACAAAGACGGAGUUUGGGAUUGGGAACGUUACGGAGACGACCAUCCAGAGAUCUCAGAAAUAACAGUGAGCAAAGUGCAAACAUACUACCUCAUGAACGAGUACCUGGCCAAAUUGAAGAACACCCCGAUCCGAACUCUUGAGGAUGUUGUGCAAUUCAACGACGACAACAGAGGAUCUGAAGGUGGCCAUGCUGGCGAUCUCCCAGCGUUCCCCGACGGACAACGACUAUUCCGCAAAUGUGUCGAAACCAAAGGCAUCAAAGAUGAGACAUACUUCGCCGCUUUGAAGCACAUCCAAUCACAAUGUCGAGAGAACGGCAUUGACGCUGCCUUGCGCGGGCCAUCCAGUGACGGAACAGAAGAUGGCCAACCUCUUGAUGCCUUGCUGUUUUGCGACGUCAAAGCUGGAGGCAUACAAAUUGCUGCUCAGGCUGGAUAUCCCGUCAUGACCAUGCCUAUCGGUUUGGACCCAGAUGGCAUGCCAUUACCUCUGACACUGCAGCAUACGGCGUGGCAGGAGGACAAGCUGGUAAAGUGGGCGAGUGCAAUUGAGGAUUUGUUGAAGGCGCACAACGAACAGCAAUCCACUCCGGUCUCUUCUCGCAGUGCCCGUCUAGGCAGAAUUCCUCCGACCUACAAGAACCAUUUGAGGAAGAACAUACCGGUGGAUCAGGACUAUCAAUGGCCAGGACGGCAUCGUGAACAGGCUUGA